CACAAUUACACCCGGUGCCCAAACAUGCCUUCAAAAUAUAAGAAUAAAACAAACAACACUAAAUAAGAAUCAUUCACUAUAAACAAAAACAGCAAGUAAAUACAUGUUUUACUUUAAAUAAUAUAAAGCAAUAUAUAGCCUCAUUAGCAGCUCUCUCUAUUAGCGUAAUGCUACGAUUAGCAUGCAAUUGUUUAGCAUCCGGACAGUAGCAUGGGAGUUAGGACCUCGUCUCGUUCAAACAGAACGGGAAGUGAAGAUUUGCUACGAUCGGUGUUUUGGUUUCCUUUUUUCUGCCCUUUUUGCGACCCGGGAUUGGCUGAAGCUGAACAGCCAAUCAGAGCGCAGGUAAAGGUCAAACAGAGUCUCAUCUUCAUCUUCAUCUUCAUCGGAUCAUUCUCAUACUCGGAGACUUCCACAACGUCACAGCUCAGUGGUGAGUGAUCUUUAGAAACACUGUCAGACGCUGAUGGUUUUUAUUUUGUUUUUGUUCAAGUUUAUUCCGAUCGAGGUGUUUCUGUUUCUGUGGGAGUCUCGAGGCUCUGAGGAGAGCGAUGUUUGUAUGAUGAUGGAUUGAAACACUAGUUUAAAGCAGUGUUUAAAUGUGGCUCCAGGAGCACAGGAUGGUUUUGCGUUCUGCGAUUUUUAGGCCAGUAUCUGUCGUUUUAUUUAGUUAAUUCUUCAUCUUCAUAUCAAAUCAUCCCUAAGCUCAACGACAUGAAGCUCAGUGAGUCAGAGUUGUGUUCAAAUGUGUUUAAUGUCGUAUAUUUACGAGAUUCCCUUUUGUGUUAACUCUGCGUCUGUGUUGUUCGUGUUAACUCUGCGUCUGUGUUGUUCGUGUUAACUCUGCGUCUGUGCUGUUCGUGUUAACUCUGCGUCUGUGUUGUUCGUGUUAACUCUGCGUCUGUGUUGUUCGUGUCCAAUCGGUGUUUAAAUGUGGCUCCAGGAGCACAGGAUGGUUUUUUCGAGUAUUGCCAGUAUUUGUCGUUGUAUUUAGCUAAUUCUUCAUAUCAUGAUAUAAUUCCCAAACUCUACGACAUGUUCCUGAGAUUCCCUUCUAUAUUCGCGUCUGUCUUGUAUUGUGUCAUCCGUUGUUCCUGACACUUCUCGUUUGUCCCCCUUUAGACCAAUCAGAGUGCAUCCUGCAGGCGAUGCAGCGGAGCCGCCGCCUCCUCUUCGUGCUAAGCCCCGCCUUCCUCUCAGAGAAGAGCUUCAGCCUAUUGGAGUGCCGGCUGGGUUUGUUUCUGCAGAACGAGCGCCGCGCCUCCAUCGUCUCCGUGGUGUUUCAGUCCGUCAGCAAACAUCCCAGCGUGGAGGCAGCGCAGCUCCAACAGGCCGCCUCCCUCUCCGUCUCGUGGCGAGGAUCCCGAUCCGAGCCUCUGCGUUCCCGCUUCUGGCUCCGCCUCCGGCUGGCGCUCCCCCUCCGUCCAAUCGCUCUGGGCAGGAGGAUGAUUGACAGCACGUCGUCUCACUCUGACCUGGCUGCGCUCGCUCUGAUGAAAGUGCAUCAACACAACCAGAGAGCCAAUCAGAGAGCCAAUCAGAGAGCCAAUCAAAGAGCCAAUCGGGCACCACCCAGAAGGGGGAGGGGCCGGGUGAGAGGGGGGGCGGGGUCACAUGGUAUCAGCUGCUCGGGAUGCGCUUGGGUUAUUGGUCAGGUGCAGGAGAGGGGGGUGGGGCCAACAGUGGAGAUAAACCAGCUGUCACAUGACAGGCCUGAACCCGCCCAGGACUGUCACUCAUCUCCUGGCCCUGCCUCCACACAUGGCUCCUCUCAUACACAUGGCUCCGCCCCAACACAUGGCUCCGCCCCCACACAUGACUCUGCCACCACAAAUGGCUCCUCUCAUACACAUGGCUCUGCCCCCACACAUGACUCUGCCACCACAAAUGGCUCCGCCCAUGCACAUGGCCCCGCCCCAACACAUGGCUCCACCCCCACACAUGACUCUGCCCCCACAAAUGGCCCCGCCCCCACACAUGGCUCCUCUCGUACACAUGGCUCCGCCCCCACACAUGACUCUGCCACCACAAAUGGCUCCGCCCAUGCACAUGGCCCCGCCCCCACACAUGGCUCCACCCCCACACAUGACUCUGCCCCCACAAAUGGCUCCGCCCAUGCACAUGGCCCCGCCCCCACACAUGGCUCCUCUCGUACACAUGGCUCCGCCCCCACACAUGACUCUGCCACCACAAAUGGCUCCGCCCAUGCACAUGGCCCCGCCCCCACACAUGGCUCCUCUCAUACACAUGGCUCCGCCCCCACACAUGACUCUGCCCCCACAAAUGGCUCCGCCCAUGCACAUGGCCCCGCCCCCACAAAUGGCUCCUCUCAUACACAUGGCUCCGCCCCCACACAUGACUCUGCCCCCACAAAUGGCUCCGCCCACACACAUGGCUCCGCCCCCACAUAUGACUCCGCCCCUGACACCGCCCUCCCCACACGUCAGCAGAUGAUUGGCUCCAGGACUUGUGAGUCACCGGGGAAAGGGGAGGGGCUUGUUGUUAAAGCGACGCUCAUCAGCUAGUGUGUGUCCGAGGACACUACCUGAAAGAUGAUUUUGUUUACACAUUAGAAAUAUAAGACACUCACGCUGGGUUCAAACGCGACUCUGGACGUUCGGACGGACCAUGGAGCGUAAUCUGUGUUUCAAUGUUAAAGCAAACUUUUGAAAUGAUGCAAAAAGAGACAUUUUGAUUAGGCGAGUUUGUCAUCCAGGAGUACGGAGGCUAUCAGGAGGAACACUGCAGCUUCAGAAAGGAUGCAGAUAUAGAAACCCAAAGGUUCCACAUGAAGGAACCUCUCCAGCAACAGCUCGUGCAGCCUUUAGAGAACGUUCAGCAACUUGAGGAAGCAUGGCAGCGUUUACUAAAAGCUGCAGAAACCAAAACCAGACAGUCUGUUGUUGGAAACUCACGUAAAAUGUUUGAUGGUCUUAUUUUAACAAUGUGGUCACAUGACUCCUUCUGAUGUAAGCUAGCUAGCUAACGUAGCUAACUUGGUCAUUUCAGAUAUAUUGAAAAACACUAACAGUUAUGAGACAGACUAACUGAGACAGAGACAGCUGUCCUCUGGUCUCCGCUGUGUUUUGGAUUUGCAGCGUUUAGUUUCUGCAGCUCUUUAAAUGUUGUGAUGGUUGUGGAGCGUCGGCACCUGUCGGCCUCCGUACUGAUGAAUCACGAUAUCAUCACAGCGCACCCAACGUCACAUGAUCAUCUCGGCUGUUUUUGAAAGUCAGCAUGAACUCACCUGUAUUUAACUGAAGAUGCCUUAUUUUAUAUCUGAUAUUUAUAUCACGUGUAUUCUGUCCGUCUAAUACUGAAUGUCUCUUUCUUAUUUUAUUGAUGUCUUAACCAACUGGAGGUUAAAGAUGAAUGAACUUAAA